UUAAGCGCGGAUCGUUCGUUAUACCGACAGACCUCGAGCAGACAUCCUACAGCAAUACGGCGCGGUUCUGAGUGAAAAAUAAGCCAAAAUGUCGGCAUACAAGUAUACAACCGGCCUAGUUGUUCUGGUGAUCGCUCUGUUGACCAUCAACACUGUAUCUGCUGGUGAAGAUGUUGCUUCCUACGCUGACGAUUCACACCAUCUGAGAGUCGGCUCCAGGAUGCCCGGCGACAGACUCGUCCUCAAAGAGAACGUCAGCAAGAGCUCUGGCUGGUUGAGGGUGCAGGUUAUUGAGAAGACCUUCUAUGUCCCGGGGUUGGAACGUAUCACUAUGGUUGAAGCAUUGGACCAGAAAACGAAUGGAAAAGGCGCGUACGCCAGUAUUCUGAACGGUGGACCUGGACACAACAACGUCACCAUGAAGUUCAAGAGUCAGAGAGGUCACAGUAUUAACUUCGUCCUUCAGCUUUAUUCACGUUAAUUGUCCAGUGGAAGCAGCUACUCUUACAACUGGUACGACGAUUCCUGGAUGCAACUCAGAUGGAGAAGUGACAUAAUCAACCUUCAAAGUUACAUCAACCUAGUGUGAACUGUUUACUAUUCAAGAAGAAUUACCAUUGCUACCAAAAGAAGUCACCGAAUCUUCUUGUUACUUUGAAGUUUUGUAUAUCAUCAAUAAAUCAAUUGAUGUAAUUGUACAUAUGUUUCUUAAAAAUUCUCAAAUGCAUGUAAACUCGCAAUCGUAGAACAUAAGUAUAAGCUAUUAAUAACGUGUGCAAUGUACAGAAAACUGAUAACACUUUACAAAAUGCAGUGCUUGUUCAUGAUUUUUUACGUACGAAUGAAAUAAAUUCGCCUUUAUCACUUA